ACACACCUCUGCUCUGUCAGUCAGUCAGUCAUUAGAGGGACAGGAUGGAGUUCAGUCCACAUCCUGUGAUACUCUGGCUGAUUUCACUUAUACCAGCAGCACAAGCUGAAGAGAUUCUUAAAGCUGUGGUGUCCAUAAAACCUGCUGCGCAUGUGUUCAUUGGCGACAGAGGUGUUACUUUCAGAUGUGACAUACAGGGACUGCCCACUGAGUGGACAUACAGCUGGUAUAAGAAUAAUACUCUACUCUACCAAGAGGGAGAAGGCAGAGGCAGUAAAGACAGCACAAUGCAAGAGUUCAGUAUCAAGUCCGUUAAAGCCUCUGACAGUGGUAACUACACCUGCAGAGGACAUAAAGAUAAAUCUACAAGCUCGGAGAUCAGUGAUGCAGUUACACUGAUUGUAUCAGAUAUACCACAAGCAGUACUGAGUGUAUCUUCACAGCGCUGGCUGAAUGAAGGAGAGUCAGUGACUCUAAGCUGUGAGGUUACAAACUCCUCUACAGACUGGACAUUCAGCUGGUACACAGUUGUUCCCUACAGAGGCAGUAACGGUGCUACCAGAUUUAAUCCAGUGCUCCUGUCAGACAGCAGCAGAGGAUCUGGAGGCUCCUACACUCUCAGUUAUGCUGCUAAUACUCACACAGCUGUUUAUAGGUGCAGAGGAGAGAUAGUAGAACCAGCUCUUUACUCAAAGUACAGCAAUGUACAACCACUAUGGAUCACUGGUGAAUCUCCUCCAGUCUCUCUGAUCAUCAAUCCCAGCAGAACUCAACACUUUACUAAUGACUCUCUCUCACUGAGCUGUGAGGACCAGAGUAAGUCUACUGGAUGGACAGUGAGACGAUACACACACACUGAAAGAGUGUUAGAUUGUUCACACUGGGGAUCAGUUACAGGAUCUACAUGUAACAUCAGCUUCCUCUCCACAUCCUACACUGGAGUUUACUGGUGUGUGUCUGAAUCUGGAGAAAACAGUAAUCCUGUCAACAUCACAGUGCAUGAUGGUGAUGUGAUCCUGGAGAGUCCUGUCCAUCCUGUGACUGAGGGACAUCCUCUGACUCUACGCUGUUUAUAUCGUACACCUAAUGCCUCAAACCUCCGAGCUGAUUUCUAUAAAGAUGGAUCAGUUCUCCAGAAACAGACUACAGGAGAGAUGAUCAUCCAAACUGUCUCAAAGUCAGAUGAAGGUUUCUACCAGUGUAAACAUCCACAGAGUAGAAAGUCACUGAAAAGCUGGGUCUCAGUCAGACGUCCUAGGUCCACUAGCAGAACAGUAGGACUGGCUUUGGGACUGAGUUUGGCAUUUUUGUUCAUUUUAUUAAUCAUCCUGCUGUGGUGCUGCAAAAUAAAGAAAGAAAAGCAGAAAACCAAUCAGACAUCAGAACUGAAUCAGAACCGGUCAGGAGCUGAAGACUCUCAGUUAGGACACACACCACUUCAGGCUGAUGCUGAACACAGUGUUAGUGAUGUGACUUACGCUACUAUUGAAAUAAAACCAAAGAAGAACUCAGAAGCAAAUAAAGAAAAAGCCAGUGUGGGCGUUCAUACUGUAUACUCAGAGCUGAAGCUGGAUGUGAAGGUAAAACUUGAUAACAGCAUGUUUUAAAGGAUAACAGACAAACCAAACAACAUGAAGUAAGGAAUAUGUGUUGGGUAGAAUCUGGGCACUUGAAGUUAUAAAGGUGAACCACACAAAUGUUGAAAUGGUUGCGUUUACACCUUGUACACAAAAACUCCACCUCUAGCUACCUAGAGAACUUUCCAUCAUCUUAUUUUGCUUAGUCAGUUAUAAUAGCUAGCUAUGAACAUUCGAAGUAGUCAAAAUGUUUUCAUGACACUGUUUUUAGUAUCCAGUUUGUGCCAGCUGUUAGUCUAAAUCACACCCAGAGCAGUACAUAGUGUUUGUCUCUUUUUCCCUUCCCUGAUUAGAAGGUAACUCCUGCCUCUUGCUAAUCAGAACCCUCCACACACUGGCACAACUGAACAGAGAAAAUCACUAAAUCUAAAUCUGCAUCCAAAUGUAUCCUAGGUAUUCCAGUAUUUCAGGAAGGGGGAGUGGUUUACAGUGGAGAGGUUAAUAUUGCACACCUGAAUCUGACCUUGAUUUAUAUGAUCUUGUUCCCUCUCUGCAGGUGGUACUGGACCGAACUUGAAUUUCUGGACUUCUGCUAUGGUGUGCAGGGGUAGCUGUUUUGAUCAGAAUGGUAUAUAUACGGUGGUAGAGAAGUGCAAAACACAUUAACAAAUCCGAAAACAAAUUAACAAAUCUGAAAACACAACGACAAGUCAGAAAACACAACGACAAGUCAGACAACCCAGAAAUGGUAGUGUAUCGUUUUUGAAUGGAAACUUACCGAUCAUUGGACAAGACACCUGUCACUCAAGAUAUACAGGUAUGGAAUCUUAUGUGUAAUGUGUAAAGUUCUCCGUUUAAAUAUAAGAAAAAUAACAGAAUUAAUCCACAGUAAUCCAUUCCAUCCAUCCAUUCCAACUUUUCCCUGUGGCAGACUGUUGAACUUCAUGUAUACCUUGAGUGACAGGUGUCUUGUACAAUGACAAACUAUACCAACAGCUUCCGGGUUGUCCGAAAUGUCUUUGUGUUUUCGGAUUUGUUAAU